AUGCGAUUUUCUCUCUCUUCCUCUCUUGAUGAUCCUUGCCUGGAGUUGUUUUUGCUCAGUUGCCAGCCCGUCGAGCAGGCUGCAGCACUUGUGUUGCCCGUAUCACCACGCACCGGGGCUAUCCCCACAUCCAUCCAGGAACCACCCACACUAAAACGACGCCGUCAGUCUAGGCCUUGUGGUGGUCCGAACCUUGACGAAAUUAUGCCCUUUGCAGAAGAGGCUGGCGUCCGAGGCGGGAAUUACGAUGCGCGCCGUACCACUGCUGAUCGGCAAUUGUCCCUGGCCAUUCUCACCGGCCACUUUACGCUGUGCUACCUGUCCAGUGAGUGA